AUGUCCGUAGCAGAACUUAACCGGAAGUACUUUGAUGCGAUAUCUGAUUCCUACGAUACCAAGCCGUGGUUCGCAACAGUCAACACCCAAGUUGCUGAUGAACUCCGCGGGAGACUGGACUGGAUCGGCAUUCCUUUCGCCAACACUGGCUUCAACACCGAUGCUUCGGAAGUUCGUCUCUUGGACUACGCAUGCGGCACUGGAGUGAUGACACGCACAUUCGGGCCUUAUGUCACGAAGACGCUCGGUGUCGAUAUCUCUCCCAACAUGGUCGCAACGUACAACUCCCGCGCGUCGACUGCUGGUCUAUCAAAGGAGAUGGUGAAUGCAGUUGUCGGUGACCUUUUCGAGAAGUCAAAUCCCAUGCCUGAAGAGCUCAACGGAAAGCAAUGGUGGGACUUUGACCUCGCCGUCGUCGGGUUCGGAUUCCACCACUUUGAAGACGUGGUCUAUGCUGCGAAGCAGCUGAAAGAGCGCUUGCGACCAGGCGGUGCACUGGUCAUCAACGACUUCCUCGAGGGUGGUGAUCUGCUCGCUGACGAGGACGGCAACCCUGUUGAAGGCAGCAGGGGUAAUCACGCAAUACACAAGCAUGAUCAUGGUCGCGGCCACAACGGUCACGGUCACAAACACGAGCAUUCCGACGAGAAAGCUCACAAUGGCCAUACCCGGAACCAUGCACACGAGCAUGAGCACAAGCACGACAACAGGAACGGGGACUUCACGAACCCCAGCCCAGAGUUACGCAAGAAGAUGGCCGACUCCAUUGUCGUUCCGCAUUUCACAAUUGACGGUGUGAAAGAAAUAUUUACUACAGCUGGAUUCGUAGAUGUCGAUGUUGUCACGUUGAAAGAGCGAUCGUACAUGGAGUUCAGCGGCAAGAAGCUGUGGCGGACAAUUUUGAUCGCCAAGGGGCGCAGGCCAGAGAGUGGCGCGAAGAGCGAGCUGUAG